AUGCAAGAUCUAACUCAUGCUUUCCCUCGACCGAGGCACACUCGCGUCAUGAAGCCUCGUAGUGCAGGCAACAGUCCCUCAUCGGCAACCAGGAGACGAUCAACAGUGAAUCAAAAUGUGAUGCAUGGACUGCCCACCCAAUAUCAGUCAUCCAUGGCAGAAGCCCUUCUCGCCACAGCCGCCCGGAACUCACGUCCGAUGAGCUGGCAUCCUUCAUCGGAAAGAACUCGGGGUCUCUCCAACCCGUACAUCUCAGAUUUCCCUUCGGAUAGCUAUGCCGGUAUGGGAGCCGUGUCUGAUCAGUACCUCAACUCAACCGUCUACGGCGGUGAAAACAUAAUGUCAUAUCCCAUGACCGCCGACCCCCCAUUCUCCCCUGACUACUUCCCUGUCUACCCAACCAUGCAGGAGGAUUUGCCACUUCCACAGCACACACCGGCGCUCAUGACUGGCUCACAAGUCGACCCGAUGGGAUGGGACGUCGCCGCCAUGCACACUGAUAUGUCAACGAUGUCGCACCCGGCCUCCGACAACUGGAACCUCGACAUGCUAUCAAUGGGCACCAACAUCCCCCCACCAGAGACCACAUGUCCAAGCUACGUCAGCGUCCCCUCCCCAGGUGAACUGAGUGGCCCAUCAACACCGGACUUUCUCCCGAUUCAGCAAUUCGAUCCAUUCCAACCCAUCGCCGAGCCCAUGAAGACCGCAAAGGGCGAAGACGAACUGGUCGGCAUGGGUCUCUACAGCCAGCCCAACGGAACACUGGCACGAGCCCCGCAGAGCAAGUCAGGCGAGGGCCUGAAACUCGAAGAAACAUUCACCCCAUCGGACGAAGAUAAGGACGGCGAGACAGAUCCAGAGGUCGAGAUCAUUGGACACCGUGAAUUGCCUCAGCAACCAACCACCUACCAUGAUUCCGCGUCUACCAUUCGCCAGUCGCACUUCACUUCUAAGCAGCAGCCAAAACAAACUCUGAACAUACUCCAGCGGUCUUUCUUCUUUGACGACGAUGAUGUGGAUCAGCAGCCGAUGACUGCUGCGCAGCCUUUUGCUGGUUUCAAUCAGCCCUGCAUGAACUAUGGGUAUGGGUGGAUCUGA